UAUCCCAUUUUCCCAUUUUCUAAGAAUUAAUCAAGAUCAUGUAAUAUAGAUAAAUUGUAUUGACAAUUUUCUAAACUAUACACAUGUUUGAUUUUGAUACACACCGUGAAUAUGACUUCUCUUGAUAAAAUUAAUACAGAAGGAAGAAAAAUGAAAUAUGAUGGAAAAGAUGGUCCAUUAUUUGAGACAAUCAUAAGAGGAAAAGAAAAGAAGCUAAAAAGAGUGUUUGCAACAACAGUAUUGCUAAGUAUAAUAUGGAUAUGGAUAUACAGGACAACACAAGUGUUACAUGGAAGUUGGAGAUUAAGAACGGUCGGAAUGUUUGUUUCGGAGAUAUGUUUCGGUGUGUAUUGGGUGUUGACGCAGUCGGUUCGAUGGAAUCCUACUGAUCGCCGUACCUUCAAACAGAGACUCUUCCAAAGGUAUGAAAAUAAGUUGCCAGAGGUGGACAUAUUUGUUUGCACGGCUAACCCUGUCAUUGAGCCACCAAUGAUGGUGAUCAGUACUGUUUUAUCAGUUAUGGCAUAUGACUACCCACCAGAGAAACUUGCUAUCUAUCUCUCUGAUGAUGGUGGAUCUGAACUUACCUUCUACGCUCUCAAUCAAGCAGCCGUUUUCUCUAAGUACUGGCUGCCAUACUGCCGAAACUACAAGGUGGAGCCACUAUCUCCUACCGCCUAUUUCAAUUCAGUGUCUCAACCAUCGAACACAAAACACAAUCAAGAUUUUAUUUCCAUUCAGAAACUAUUUGUAGACAUGAAGACUCGGAUUGAGAAUGUGACCAAGAUUGGAAGAGUUCCUGAAGAAUUACGUUUGGAACAUGAAGGAUUUGCAGAAUGGGACUCGUUUACAUCUCCACGUGAUCACAGUGCCAUCAUACAAAUUAUGCUUGAUCAUGAUCAUGAUAUUGAGGGGAAAAUCCUUCCAAAGUUAGUCUAUAUAGCUAGGGAAAAAAGACCAGCUCAUUCCCAUAACUUCAAAGCUGGCGCCAUGAACACGUUGAUAAGGGUGUCAUCUAUGAUAAGCAAUGGACCGAUAAUUCUAAAUGUCGACUGUGAUAUGUACUCUAGUUCUAGUGAUGCCGUAAGGGAUGCCCUUUGCUUCUUCAUGGAUGAAGAAAAAGGCCAUGAGAUUGCUUUUAUUCAGUACCCACAGUGUUUUGAAAAUCUUACAAAGAAUGAACUUUAUGGUGGUUCUCUUCGAGUAAUCACUGAGGUUGAUUUACAUGGUCAUGAUGGUGUUGGCGGGCCUUUAUACAUUGGAACUAACUGUUUUCACCGGAGAGAUAUUCUAUCAGGAAAAAGUUUAAAUGAUGGAAGUAAAAUCAACUGGAGAUUGGAAAAUCAUCACAAAGAGAAAUUGGAAUACACGAUUGAAAAAAUAAAGAGUCUUGCAAGUUGCACGUUUGAAAUCAACACCGAAUGGGGCAAAGAGAUCGGGUUGAAAUAUGGGUGCCCAGUUGAGGAUGUGUUAACAGGCCUAUCAAUCCACUACAGAGGGUGGAAGUCAGUUUAUUACAAUCCGAAAAGAGAGGCAUUUCUCGGUGUUACUACAACCACACUAGACCAGACCCUUGUCCAACAUAAAAGAUGGUCCGAAGGUGAUCUCAUGAUUUUGCUCUCAAAAUAUAGCCCGGUUUGGUAUGGGCUUGGAAAGCUUCACCCUAGUCAAGUGAUGGGCUAUUUGAUCUAUUGUUUAUGGUCUCCUUCCUCCUUGCCAACUCUCUAUUACACUAUUGUCCCUUCCCUUUGUCUCCUAAACGGCGUUUCACUUUUCCCUCCGGUAUCAAGCGGAUGGUUUCUUCCAUUUGCAUACAUCGUAAUCUUCGCCUCAAUCUUUAACUGCCAUGAAUUCCUCCAAUCCGGUGGAACCAUAAGAGGGUGGUGGAAUGACCGAAGAAUUUGGAUCUACAAACGAACAAGCUCGUAUCUCUUUGCAUUCCUCGACACAGUUUUGGGCUCCGACUUAUCAUUUGCAAUCAGCUCAAAAGUGGCUGAUGACGAUGUUCAAGAUAGAUACAAUAAAGAAAUGAUGGAAUUUGGAUCAUCUUCUCUUUUAUCAACCACAAUUGUGACACUAUCAAUGGUCUAUUUGUUGUGCUUCAUAAGGUUUGUCAUCAAAUUAAUUUUGAUGGACACAAAAACUUGGAGGUCAUACUAUGAGACCAUGGCAUUUCAAAUACUAAUUUGUGUCGUAUUGGUGGUACUCAACAUACCAUUGUACUCGGGUCUUUUCUUUCGUAAAGAUAACGGAAAGAUUCCGAGCUCUGUUGCUGCUAAAUCGAUUUCUCUUGCGUUGUUCAUUUGUAUGGUUUUCUCCUUUCUGUAGUAUGUAUAUCUCGAUACAAUGAGAUAUAAGUCCAUCUUAAAGUUUUUAUUGUUUUGUUAUGUAAUUUUGGAUUUUCAUGUUCUUAA